GCGUGCAGACACUUACCGGAAGGGUAGCAAGUAAACAACCGACCACGACGCUCGCUUCGGAGAGCGAAGUUCUCCGGUUCCUCUCCGCCGCUCCGCCGCUCCGCCGCUCCGCCGCUCACACUCCCGCUGAAAUGUCUAAAAUCGAGAUGUUGAGGCUGCUGAUCAACCAGCGGCUCACGGAGGCCGCGGAGGAGAUCUUCGGGGUGUUCGGGAGAACCAUAGCCGAGUACGAGGAGGAGAUCUCCCGCUCCAAGCUGGAGAUCGACCGCCAGCGCCGGCUGCUGGAUCUCUCCAGGAAGCCGCAGAUUUCUCUGCAGGUCGACGGUUCAGCGCUCUCUGAGCAGCCGGAGUGGAGCUGCAGUCUGGACGAGAUAAAACCUCCUCACAUCAAAGAAGAGGAGGAGGACGCGGAGGAGGAGGAGGAGGAACCGUGGCCGUCCCAGCUGGAGGAGACGCCUCAGACUGCGGAGCAGAACGACGUCAAGUUUGUGUUGUUCCAGAGCGGCAAACAGGAUAACGACCACAUGACCUCCACACUCUCAAAGCUGUCGCACCAGGAGCUGGAGGACUCGGGGCUGGACCAGCAGCCAGGUACCUCAGUCCAGUGCUCGGACCUUGACGAGGACGCCCCUGAAGCUUCGGAUCCAGCUUCAGGUAACGGCCAGCUCGACAGUGUCGACCUGGAGGCGCCGCUGUCCGAGGUGGUGGACUCGUACAUUUGCACCAUUUGCGGUCGUGCGUUCGCUCAGCGGGGCCACUGGGCCAAACACGUACAGGUCCACCGCAAGGUCGAGACCAAAGUCGACAAGUCGUACACGUGUGACAUCUGCGGGAAGAGACUCACACGGUUCGACGGUUAUCAGAAACACUUGAGGAUCCACACGGGCGAGAAGCCAUACUGCUGCGACGAGUGCGGCCGCAGGUUCAGCGACAACUCGAAUUACAAACGACACAUUCGCACACACACGGGACAGAAAACGCCGCAGAGCUGAGGCUGCGGGACAAGGACUGAGGACUCCUGUGGGACUGUCAGGGGAUGGGGAUCGAAAACUGGUUCCAGUUGAGAACCAGUUCAAAAUCCAUUGGAGUCAUAUUCCUCCGACGUUAUCAAUCCCUUUAUCAACACUGGGGUGUUUUUGCACAUUGCAACACAAUGACGGCAAACUCGUGCGUCUACGCUGCUAGAAGAGUUUUCCUUCGACUAAGAAAACCUGAAGUCUCAGUUACAGGUUUUCACACAGAAAACUGGAUCAGGACCUAACAAGGAAAUCAAUAAAGAAUUGGACCAAUUAGCAGAAUUGAAAAUGGCAUUGGGAUCAAUGAAAUCUCCUCCAUUCCCAUCCCUGUGACAGUUUAACCAUCGUCAGAGGAGGUUUCAUGCACAUUACCCGGCGUAAAGACAUGUCCCACCUGACGGAUAGGAAAUCUUUGCCCUCCCUCCACUCUGGUCUAUUGACGAUGACGAUUAUUCGGGGGUUCAAACUGAAACUUUAUUAUUAGUAUGAUUAUUAUUUCUGGCCCAAUGACUGUAAAACAUGAAAGUCCCACUGCUUUAGGAACCUCGGUCAACAUCCAUUCUUGUAUUAGAUAUGCUAUGUGCUAGGCUACGUCUGUCUUUAAAAGACAAGCACAUUUCGUAGAUGGUUAAAAAGUUCAAGCUGGCUAGUGAAUUAUCUAACAAUAUCUACCAGAUGUAACUUGUUAGUUAAUCAACAUAUGUAUAAUUAAUGCUAUUAAUAUAGAUUAUUUAGCUAGUGUUUUUGUCUGUAACAAAUGAUUAAUGUACAUUAACUUGCUAGUUAGCUGGCAUUUUGCUAACAUCGAGCCUAGCACUUUUAAGCCUAUCUAAGUACAGGAAAGGAAAGUUGACCAUGGUUCUGACCGAGGCUUUGCUCAACUGUUAUUGGAGCACAGAGCAAAAAGGGGCGGGACCUAAGAAGGGUCAGUUGAGGGACAAAACUCAAAUUUUUGGAAAGGCCACGCCCCUCAUACUGUAAGUCUGACAGACGUUAAAAAAAGAGCACACUGAGCUUGUCUAAUUUCAAGUCAGCUACUAAACCGUUGCUCCUAUUGCUACCAAAUCUUCUUUGGAUAUUGAUUGGAUAAAGCCUGUCAAAAGGUUGUUGAUAUCUUAUUGAAUUUGAAAGAUAUUGACCAAUGAAUUGUCACAAAACCUCGAGGAUGUGUCCACAUAAGUACCUGAAACAUACCCUUAAUGUUUUACUCAAAUCAAUCAGUAGGAGCUGCUACAAAUGCCCCAAAAAAUGGUCCAAUCAUUACAAACUUCACAGGACAUGUUAGUUUUUCAAACCAGAGAAACACAAACUGGUUUACUGAAACGCUGAUCGAUCAGAGUCGGAGGAAAAUUAACCGAUCGGAUUUUACAGCUUUUUUCUUGCGUCAACAUUUCAUUGUGAAAACUUUCAACAUUUAAAUGGUUUUCUCACAUUUGUCCACGUCCGUGUGGACAUGGACCAAGACAAGGAAGAAGAGACAUAUUGUAUUUUUAUAUGCUAUAUAUUUUAACAGACAUUUAUACACUGGAGGAAAUGGCGAUGUUGCCGUUUACAGAUGCAUCAAACAUAUCUGACUGUCAGGUGCAGCUCAGGCUUACCUUUGACUUGUUUGUGAAAGCCUGUGUCCACUCAAGAUAUUUUUAUAUUUUUAUGUUGCUGGUAGUCGGCUGGGGGCAGAAGUCUGUAGCACAAACAGCUUCCAUCAGUCAAGUUUUUUUAUUAAGUCACAACAACACAGAAACCUAAAAGUCUGGAGUUUGUAUUUGUAUGUCAGGAACAGUUGAAUUCAGGGCGUCAAAUAAACAUGGUUGCUGACAGUAUAUCAGUAUUGCUGUAACAACUGACUUUUACUGAAGUAAUAAACUCACAUGAUUGGAAACUCA